AAAACACAUCCAUUUCCUUUUUUCAGGGUUAGAACCCGAGUUAACUCUGCAUGACAGUCACUGUCAGCAUGUCUGCUGUCUGGCUAAAGCUCGUAUCCAUCCUUUGUCUCUCCUGCACAGCCCUGAGUGGCCCAGAAGGCACAGGAGUGGUAUGGAAGAAAGUUGGAGAAGCCAUCACCAUCCAGUGCAGACCCUCUCAGGGAAACCCAGAGUAUCUGAGUCUGAAGAAGGGCCUCAGUGAGGAGGUUGUUAUUUACAUGGUAAAGGACUCAGAUGCCAUUGUCACAGGAUUCAAAGGAAGAAUUCAGCAGAAUGGAGCAUUUCCCAACAUGGACUUUCUCAUCAGAAACUUGACCUCGGAGGACACAGGACCCUACUGGUGUGUUUACAAAACCUUUGACGUGGUAUCCAGUAAACUCAAAGCAGAAAAAGGCAAUGGCUCUGUGCUCCUGGUGGUGACAGAGGAGAGGGGUGCAUCUGCAGACACGAGCACGGACUGUGAGACACCACACAAGAAUCUGGUGCUGGUGUCUGUUGUGAUCUCUGCCGCUGUGCUGCUCGGCUUCAUCAUUGGCACCUUCAUAUGGCUCUUCAAGACCAAGACUUUGCGCAUCUCAGGGAAACCAAGGCACACCGCCACCAAUGAUGUUUAUGAGGACAUGCGUAGCACGCUCAGACGCUGAAGAUGUCAGCCUGCAAGCAGCCAGCCAACCUCAAACUCCAUCAGCUCAGCUCUGCUGAGGUGCAAGUGAGGCAUGUGCAGCAAUGUAGCAACUCAGCAUGUUCUCUGACAUACUCUGAUAUGUCAGAGAACAUGCUGAACAUUCAGGCAUUGUGUGUGUCUGAGUGUAUGUCAGAGAAAAACAGUAAGGUGCAUGAUUUGCAAAAUGGUACAACACCACCACCACUGGCAAGACUGUGUGCAAAAUGUGCAAAUUAUUUGGUGGCACAAUGUGUAAAAUUACAUAAGUCACACGCAUAGUAAAGAUGUGCAGUAUCACAGUUUGUCUUGUCUGAGUGGUAAAAAAAAAAAAAAAUCUAAACUGGAUUGUGCCUUUUGAUGCAG